CUGGCUAUAUGAGCAAGGCUCAUUGUUUGGCUGUAAGAAAAUACUUGUCCAUUUGUCUCGGUGGUUUGUGUCAUGAAGUUCAACUUGGAUAUAACUCUGUCCUGUCUGGCUCUGUUACUCUGCCAACUCCCACACAAUCGCUGUGAACAGCCUGUGAACUGCAGAUGGGGACCUUAUGGCGAAUGGUCUGAGUGUGAUGGUUGCACAAAAACACAGGUUCGCACACGGACUGUCGAGGUGUUUGCUCAGUAUAGAGGAAGUCCAUGUUCUGGCGAGGAUUCUCAGACUCAAAACUGUGUCCCCAAAAAAGGAUGUCCCCUGAGCACAGGCUGUGGAGAACGGUUUCGCUGUUCCUCAGGACAGUGCGUGAGCCGCUCUCUGGUAUGUAACGGAGACCAGGACUGCGAGGAGGGCGGGACGGACGAGAGACACUGUGAUGCUGACAACAGCCACUAUGUGUGUGACCUGGACAAGACUCCUCCCAACUCUGACCACACAGCUAAGGGGUAUGAUGUGCUCACAGAUACAUUCAGGUCCGCUGUCAUCAACAUAUUUAGCUUUGGAGGGCAGUGCAGGAAAGUAUUCAGUGGAGACCACAAGACCUACUACCGACUCCCUCAGAGUAUACUCAGGUACACAUUUCAGGUAGAGGUUCAGAAUGACUUCACUGAUGAAGCCUAUGACAGCACCUGGUCCUACAUGAAGCACAUCCAGGACAACGCCUUAUGGGGGCACGAUCGCCGCACCUUUCACACAGAACUCAACAAAGAAAAGUCCCACAGGUUGCUAAUAAUCAAGAACAAGGUGGAGCUGGCCCAGUUCCAGAACACCGGGCCCCGGUAUAUCACUUUGGCUGAGGACUUCUGGAAGGCCCUGACCACCCUUCCUUCCACGUACAGUUACCCAGCCUACCGUUACCUCCUGCACAAGUACGGCACCCACUACCUAUCUGAAGGCUCCCUGGGGGGCCAGUACCAGGCCCUGGUAGAGUUUGACAACGAAGCCCUGAAAGAAACCAGUACAACAGAUGUAGAGUACCAGCGUUGUGUUACAAAGAAAAAGCGCCGCUUGUUUCGUAAAAAAGUCACGACUACAUGUGAAAAACUGGUCAAAUCUCUCAAGACCUCAAACGGGUAUAACAACAACAAGCUUCCUAUUAAGAUCAAUGUUAUUGGUGGAGACUCCUCCUUCAUACCUGGCCUCAGUGUGCUUGAUCUGGAGAACCCAGAGGCCAAUGGACAAUUGUAUGACCAGUGGGCCAGCUCUGUCAAGGAUUUUCCUCAGGUCAUCAACAUGAAGCUGCAGCCUCUGUAUGAGCUGGUCAAAGAAGUGCAGUGUGCCGGUCUGAAGAAGCUCCAUUUGAAGAGAGCUACAGAGGAAUACCUAGCAGCACAACAUCCCUGCCACUGCCGACCAUGCCAAAACAACGGACAGCCCCUUCUGACUGGCACAAAGUGUGAAUGUGUCUGCAGGCCUGGUACCUCUGGCCCUGCCUGUGAAAGUGGGACGGUCAUAGGAGAGCAGUCAGGGGUGAUCCAUGGGAGCUGGAGCUGCUGGUCGUCAUGGGGAUCCUGCUCUCAGGGUCAAAGGUCAAGGACUAGGACCUGUACUAACCCCGCCCCCAAGCAAGGGGGCCUUCAUUGCCUGGGGAUGUCUUCAGAACAAGCGCCCUGUGAAGAGUCAGACUUACAACAUUUACAGAUGAUGGAGCCUCAGUGUUUUGGUCUCUCUAUAAGUCCACCCAAGACAUGUGGACCCCCUCCAGCCCUGAAGAAUGGAUUUGUCCUGAGCCCCAGAGAUGUAUAUGUUGUGGGCAGUAAGAUUCAGUACUCCUGCAUAGAGGGACAUUACAUCACUGGAAAUACAGUGGCUGAAUGUACUGACAACAACAGUUGGACCAGUGGACCAAUGGUGUGCCGGAGUGAAACGUGUGAUGUCCCAUCCCUUGAGAAUGAUGUCACAGGCGUACCUUGGAAAGUGACCUAUCUGAUCGGGGAGUCAGUGUCCCUGUCCUGUCCCGUGGGCAUGAUAAGAGAGGGUGUGGCAGAGAUCAGGUGUAGCUCCAGUCUGCAGUGGUCUCCAUCUCCAAACACUGCAAGGUGUAAAGAGGCGCCAAAGGCUCCCAACAUUCAAAAUGGCUUGAAGUGCAAAUUAUGGGAAACACAAGCAAACAAUCAGUGUGUGUGUAAGCUUCCAAACCAAUGCCAGCCAUCACUGCAGUUAUGUGCCACAAUCCAUACAGGAAGAACAAGUCGUUUGGGCAUAUGCCAACUUGGAGCUAUGCAGUGUAUUGGGUGGAGCUUUAAACUGACCAAGGACAGUGAUUGUGAUUGGUCGGAUAGGGGGUUGAUUUCCUGCCAGGAAGAGUGCUUUGACAACUCUGUCCAGCUCUGUGUCAAACUAAGAGACAGUGCUGUUGCUGUGACAAUGUCAGAAUGUGAGGUGGGAGCUCGGAGGUGCCAGGGGGAGCAGUUUGAUGUGGUCAGCAUCGAGGCCUGUCCUGCACUUUAAGAUGUAUUUUUAUAACCCAUCACUGGUAUGUAAAAGAGUCAUUCAAACAAGCCUGAAUUGACAGGAUGUUGUUUCAUAGUCCCCUGUAGGUCCUUGGAGAUCCCCUUGUUUGCCUGGGAGGCACUCCCUGACAGCACAAUCCAAUACUGUGCACAUAAAGUUAGAGCUUGCCAUUACCUACCCCAGACUGGUGAAAGUAGCAGUUUGAACUGGGUGUUUGUAAUUAAAAAGAACUGGACAAAACAUA